AAAAAAGGGGAUAAGAACAAGACUUACUACGGAACAGGAUGGUGUACUAUUUCACAUCAAAGGUGGUGGAACCCUCCGCCUUCAUCUAUGUUGGGAAAGACAAGUUUGAGAACGAGGAUCUCAUAAAAUUCGGGUUGGAAAAGGACGUCUGGUUCCACGUCGAUAACUUGUCAAGUGCGCACGUCUAUUUACGCCUUCGUGACGGGGAAACAUGGGACAAAAUCCCCGAGCAACUUUUGGAGGAUUGCGCGCAACUUACGAAAGCAAAUUCAAUUGAAGGAAACAAAAAGGACAACAUUACAAUAAUCUACACGCCGUGGUCAAACCUUAUGAAGGACGGGUCCAUGGCUUCUGGUCAGGUCUCAUUUCACAAUCCCAAGAUGGUCCGCAAAGUCUUCGUGCGAGAACGAGAGAACCCAAUUGUCAAUCGACUCAACAAAACUCGCGUUGAGAAAUUCCCUGAUCUCAAGACAGAGAAAGAAGAAUACCUGAAGAUGAAACAAAGAGCCGAGAGAAAAGUGAGAGACGAACAGCGGGCAAGAGAAAAGCAGGAAAAGAGAGAAAGAGAGCAACUGAAAUGGCAGAAAGAUCAUGCUUAUGACGACAUGAUGACCGAGGAGAAUAUGCAGGCGAGCAGCAACCAAGAUCGAGACCCGGACUUCCUCGAUGAUUUUAUGUGAUCAAGAAUUGCACGGGAUUCAUGGAGAUUUAUGCCAUUAACAAAGCAAUAACCUGGCCAUUUUGCGUCAGGAACAGCAUCCUGUAGAAAGAAAGAGUUAUACCUGAGAGCUAUUUCUCCGGCGAGAUAUUUCAAUUGCGCCUGGUAUAGCGCAAUAAUAGACAUAUAGCUUGUGAUAUCGAAACGAAUGAGCUAUACUAGUCUCAUCAAGGCAGGC